AUGGUGAUGCCGGCGGAGCGCGUGGGCCCGCUGCGCGACGCGUACCUGUGGCGCGUGCUGCAGCGGCGCGGGCGCGCGCCGGUGACGGCGCUGUCGGCGUCUUUCGAGCGCGCCCCGCCGCCGUCCGCCGAGGACGUGUCGCGCAACAACACGCGCGACUGCGCCGCCCUGGCGGCCCUGGCCGGGCUGGAGCGCUGCGCGGCGCUGCUGGCGCGCCUGCCCGCGCACACGCUGUCGCUGGACACCUUGCUGCUCACGCUCUGCAAGUUCACCGGCCUGCUGGCGCCGCAGCACACCUCCUAUAUUGCUAUUGGCGUGUCUCUGGGCCAGUCAAGUAAGGCCCAGUGCGCACUGCGCCGCGCGUGCGCAGUGGCGGCGCGGCACGCCGACUGUGUGCGCGACAGCUGGCGACACAUACUCGAGCUCCUCAACACGCUUUAUAUCGGCCGCCUACUGCCUCAGUGUCUCGUGGAAGCGGAGGACUACCUCGCCCCUGGUGGCAAAGUAUCGUUGAUUCGAGAAGAUGCAAGAGGCGGCGACAGUGGACUGCUCUCCAGUAUAUACUCCUACAUCGCACUUGGGGAAAGUGCUAUGCGGGCUCCUACUCCUCACGAAAAAAGUCUAAUAGACGCGGCGAGCGAGUGCGUCGCUAAAUGCAACUUCCCGGGCUUACUUGUCACUGAGACAAAGUUCUUACAGUUGGAGAGUUUACAGGAGCUGGUCCGUGCUAUGGUCACACUGGGCGCACCGCCAGACUCGGACAGCGUUCAGCUCAACCCACAGUUGGAGGACAUUACAAUAUUCUUUUUAGAGUUGCUUGGACGAACACUCCGACCGUGCGCUGGCUGUGUGGCCGGAGGCGGGCCCGCACACGGCGCGCGUGGUGCGCUGGGCGGGCGGGCGGGGCGCGGGGGCGCUGACCCGAGCGCUCACGGCGCUGCUGCGCUGCGCGGCGCGCCUCAUGCGCUGCGAGCCCGCCGCGCCGCCGCUGCUGGCGCACCUCACGCUGCUCUACCGCCUGCCCUACCGGCUGUUCUACCAGCAGGCGGACGUCGUGAGUGGACACUCUCUGUUAGUUAUCUGACGCCGUCCCCGACCCCUCACACGGCGCGCCUCAUGCGCUGCGAGCCCGCCGCGCCGCCGCUGCUGGCGCACCUCACGCUGCUCUACCGCCUGCCCUACCGGCUGUUCUACCAGCAGGCGGACGUCAUCUCGUGCGGUCUAUACGAACUGGUGAAGACGUCAGCACAGAACGUACACAGCGGUGCGGAGUGGAGCAUUUUGCUGUCGUUACUAGCAGCGGCUGGAGCCGGGGCCUGGCCAAGAACCAACAGUGAGUCGAUUUUAUAUACACAAGACGAGAUAGAACCCCAUUGGCAUUAAAUAAUAAAUAAACGCUUCAUGCUCAACGGCCUCCUGUAAGAUUUUUUCUCCUUACGUUGUGUUUUGUAUUUAAAA